CUUAUUUUGGAAGGCGCCAUCGGAAGUGGGUUUCCUUCUAGUCCCUUGACAUCGGUUCUUGCUUGUGAUUCAUGUUUUGUUAGCUAAUCUGGCUAGCUGAUGUCGACUGGUUAAACCUAAUUUCAAAUGAAUCUAUGUGCAUGAAACGCUUCAAACGCCACUCCUGGUAAGAGGGGAGCAUGGCAGAUCGACACACUCCACCUGAGCAGUCGCAGAGGAUGAAGUACCUAGAAGCUGAUAAUGACUCCGACAGGGACUCUGGCGUGGGGGAUGAUGCAGGAGAGGAUGCUGACAGUUGCCAAGAGGGCAGAAUAACAGAAGUGGAGCAAGUCAACAUACAUGAUGCUACUGAAGAAGACAGGCAUGGAGAGGAUUUUACAGUUUUUGUUGCUUUUCAAGGCAGCAUGGAUGAUGAGGACUUCACACAAAAACUGGACAUUAUCCUCAAUAGAAUACCAAACAUGCUUGAUAUGGGGUCUGAGAGGCUACAGCCUCAGCAUGUGGAGCCGUGGAACAGUGUGCGAGUUACCUUCAACAUUCCUCGGGAUGCUGCUGAGCGACUUAGACUCUUGGCCCAGAACAAUCAGCAGCAGCUUAGAGAACUGGGGAUUCUCUCUGUGCAAAUAGAAGGGGAAGGAGCCAUCAAUGUGGCUAUGGGACCAAAUAGAGGACAAGACGUCAGAGUAAAUGGACCAAUGGGAGCACAAGGUCAGAUGAGAAUGGAUGUUGGCUUUCCAGGUCAGCCUGGUCCAGGAGGGGUAAGGAUGGCUAAUCCAGCUAUGGUUCCUGCUGAUCCUGGAAUGGCUGGUCAGGCUAUGCUCCCAGGCAGCAGUGGACAGAUGCAUCCGCGAGCUCAAAGGCCACCUUCACAGACAGAAGUAAUGGAUCCAAUGAUGCAAGGAAUGUCAGUUCCACAACAACAGUCACUUCAACAUCAACAAAUUGGUCCCCACAGCUCAGUUUCUAUGCCACCUCAGGCUGCCCAUCACAUGCAGGCUCUGCAGGCUGGGAGACCAUUCAACCCUGCUGCGCUGCAACUUCAACAGCAGCAUCACCAGCAACAACAGGCCCAACAGCAAGCUCAGCUCUCCCAGCUUGGCCCUCGUCCUCCAUUCAACCCGCAAGGCCAGAUGGCUGGUCAUCCUGGUUGGAACCAGAUGCCAUCUGGUGUCCUCCAGGGACCACAAGGUCCUCAAGUGGGACCUGCUUGGAGAAAACCUCCACCCCAAAACCAAAUGGUUCGUCCACCCUCCCUUGCCUCAGUUCAGACACCUAGUCACCCUCCACCCCCUUAUCCAUUUGGCAGCCAGCAGGCUGGGCAGGUAUUCAAUGCCAUAGGGCCAGGACAAUUACAGCAACAACAACAGACAGGAAUGGGCCAGUUUGCUGCCCCCCAGCCCAAAGGACCACAGGCUGGCCCUGCUGGUGUUGCAGGACCACCCAGGCCUCCUCCACAGCUUCCAUCAACAUCUGGACCACAGGGCAACCUUACUGCAAAGUCCCCUGGUUCUUCCUCAUCUCCUUUUCAGCAGGGUUCACCUGGAACUCCUCCUAUGAUGGCUCAGAGACCUACAACUCCACAGGGGUUCCCCCAGGGUGUUGGUUCACCAGGAAGAGCAGCCCUUAACCAACAGGCUAACAUGCAACAAGGAUUCAUGGGAAUGCCCCAACAUGGACAGCCUGGGGCUCAAGUUCACACUGGCAUGCCUAAGCGUCCUAUGGGUUUUCCUCCCCAAAACUUUGUCCAAGGUCAGGUGAGUGCCAGCACUCCAGGUACACCUGGUGGAGGAGCCCCUCAGCAGCUACAGAGCAACCAAGUGAUAACUCACCCAGGAGCUCAGACGCCGGGCUCAACAUCAAACACAAUGCAGGGUCCAUCUCAUGCCCAACCCAAUGUUAUGGGUGUACAGAGUAACAUGCCGGGGCCGCCUACUGGUACACCCGCUGGGCCUAGUAUGGGCCCGCAACAGCCUGGCCUCCAGACCCAGAUGAUGGGCCUCCAGCAUCAGGCCCAGCCCGUGCCCUCUUCCCCAAGCCAGAUGGUUCAAGGCCAGGGGGGAGGUCAAACUGUUCUCUCAAGGCCUCUCAGUCAAGGGCAGAGGGGAGGGAUGACCCCACCUAAGCAGAUGAUGCCUCAGCAAGGCCAGGGGGUGAUGCAUGGGCAGGGUCAGAUGGUUGGAGGCCAAGGGCACCCGGCCAUGCUUAUGCAGCAGCAACAAACCUCCAUGAUGGAGCAAAUGGUUGCCACGCAGAUGCAAGGCAACAAACCCCAAUUUGGGGGCAAGAUUCCAGCAGGAGUCAUGCCCAGUCAGAUAAUGCGUGGCCCUUCUCCAAAUGUUCCUGGUAAUAUGUCUCAGUUUCAGGGCCCAGUUGGCCCACAGCAGAUGACUCCACAGCAGCAGCAGCAGCAACAACAAUUAGCUCAGCUUCAGCAACAACAACAGUUACAGCAACAACAACAGUUGCUGCAGCAGCAGCAGCAGCAACAACAACAACAACAUCAGCAGCUGAACCAGCAACAACCUCAGCAGGUUCCAGUUAGUGGCAAUCCUAAUCAAGGUUUGGGCGUGCAUGGGCAGCAGAUGAGGCUUUCCGCUGGUCACACACUUAUCCAACAACAGUUACAACAGCAACAGUUACAGCAGCAGAAACAACAACAACAACAACAGCAGCAGCAGCAGGCCAUGUUGCAGCAGCAGCAACAACAACAGGCAGCUCAACAACACCCACAUCCAAUGGGAGAUCCCAGUAGUGGGACAGGGGACUUGGGGGUUCAACAGAUGGUCCCGGAUAUGCAGGCACAGCAGCAGCAAGGCAUGAUGGGAGGUCCUCAACACAUGCAGAUGGGGAAUGGCCACUUUGCAGGCCACAACAUGAACUUUAAUUCACAGUUCCCCGGUCAAAUGCCAAUUGGGGCACCUUGUGGACAGCCAGGCUAUCCUGUUAAUAAGGAUGUUACAUUGACUAGCCCACUGCUUGUAAACCUGUUGCAGAGUGAUAUCUCUGCUAGUCAAUUUGGGCCAGGGGGUAAACAAGGAGCAGGGGGAGGCAAUCAGGCCAAACCCAAAAAGAAGAAACCAGCUCGCAAGAAGAAGGCCAAAGAGGGAGAGGGACAACCACCAGCAGAAGGGCCUGGUGGUCUCGAUGUGGCUGCUGGCAUGGAGGAUUCUGAGCUGCAUGAUGAUCAAAGUUUAGCUUUAGAUAACUCUGGUCCAAAACACCCUGACUUUGCCAACAGACCUGCAGGCUUCUCUGCUCAAUCUGGAGACCAGAGAGUAUUGCAGCAAGUACCCAUGCAGUUUAUGCAACAGCAGCAGCAACAGCAGCAGCAGCAACAACAACAACAACAACAGCAGCAGCAGCAGCAGCAACAACAACAACAGCAACAGCAGCAGCAGCAGCAACAACAACAACAGCAGCAGCAGCAACAACAAAUGCAGCACAUGCAACAGCAGCAGAUACAGCAACAGAUACAGCAGCAGCAACAACAGAUACAACAGCAGCAGAUGCAGCAGCACCAACAGAUACAGCAGCAGCAACAGAUACAGCAGAUGCAGCAACACCAAAUACAACAACAACAACAACAGAUGCAGCAGCAGCAGCAGAUGCAACAAAUGCAGAUGCAGGGUCUCCAGAAUGCUCAAGGCCAACAAGGGAUGACAGGGCCACAGACCGGUCAGGUCCAGCCCCAGAUGCAUCCUCAUCCACUGCAGCAGCAAAAUCAACAGCCACACCUGCAACCACAGCAGCAGCAGCAGCAGAUGAUGAUGAUGAUAAAAAUGCAGCAGGAACAGAAUAAGAGUCGCAUGUCCAUUCCACCUGGAGGGCAACUCCCUCCUCGAGGCAUGCCAAAUCCAGCUGAGGUGCAACGACAACCUAUUUCGCAGCCAGGAAAUGUUCCUGUUAUGAUCAGCCUUCAGGGGCAUGGAGGUGUACCCCCGUCACCUGACAAAGGCAGAGGGAUGCCCCUGAUGGUAAACCCACAGCUUGCAGGCAAUGCAAGAAGAAUGUCACAUCCUGAGGUUGGGCAGGGUCCCCAGGGUACUGGAGCAGAAGAGGCUUUAGCAGGAGCCCACCAAAAACAAGACAGAGCCAUUUGCUCAGAAAUGGGUGUGCAGCCUGGCAAUGGGACCCAACAGAUCAUGGCCAAUCAGAGUUCCAACACGCACAUGAUGAAACCAGGUCCUGGUCCAUCACCAAUGCCUCCACACACUGGAGCCAGUCCCCAGCAGCAAUUACCAUCACAACCACAACAAGGAGGUCCUUUGCCAGGCAUUCACUUCCCCAAUGUCCCCACAACCUCACCGAGCUCCAGGCCUAAAACCCCCAACCGAGCCAGCCCCAGGCCUUACCACCACCCUCUUACUCCAACUAAUCGUCCACCUAGCACAGAGCCCUCAGAAAUUAACCUUUCGCCUGAGAGGCUAAAUGCAUCUAUUGCAGGUCUGUUCCCACCUAAAAUCAACAUUCCUCUGCCUCCAAGGCAGCCAAACCUAAACAGGGGAUUUGACCAGCAAGGUCUCAACCCAACAACUCUGAAAGCCAUUGGGCAGGCCCCCCCUAACUUAACUUUACCUGGCAACAGCAACAAUGGCAGUACAGGUGGAAAUAACACUAACAACAGUCAACAGUCCUUCUCUGCUGGCACUGGGGCAGCCAAUACAGGUGCUAAACAGGACAAGCAACCAGGAGGCCAGAGUAAGAGAGCAAGCCCCAGUAAUAGUCGGAGGUCAAGUCCAGCAUCCAGCCGCAAGUCAGCAACACCAAGUCCGGGAAGGCAAAAGGGAACAAAGAAUUCUAUCACGGGUCCUCCCCAACAGCAGCAGUUGGUCAACCCCCAGGGGCAAACCAUGAUGCUCAGCCCUAAUGUAGUAAACUCAGCUCCAGCAUCUGCACCUUCACAAGUGAGUGGGGCCAUGGAGGGACAGCAGACUCAGAGCUCUUUCCAUGGAACUCAAGGCAACCCUGCUGAGGGGGUCCGAGAAAGUCAGGGAAUGAUGACAUUGGAGCAGCGACAGAUGGCUCAGCCCCAACCUCAGUCACAACCUUUACGGGAGUUACCUGCUCCAAGAAUGGCAAGUCCUCGUUUCCACCCGCCUCAGCAUUCUAAACCUGACUUGGAUCAACAGGCUGAUUCACUAGAUAGACAACCUUCUCAGACAGCACCCGUUCAGGACUCCGAAGCCUCUCCUGCUCUGAGGGCAGCUCCAACGUCACUCAACCAGUUACUGGAUAACUCUGGCCUCUCAAACAUGCCUCCUCGACCCAGUAAUCCUGCUGUCAUGGGAAAGGAAAGUCCCAAGUCUGCUUUGGAAACAGAUAGACCAGUCCACAGUGUAGACGUGCCAGCCUCCGUCUCUACUACUGCCAAUAUGAACGAAUCCGAGGCGAAAGCCAGACCCUCUGUUCCAGUUCCAACCAGCAGUCCUAACUUGCAGCCCUCUAUACUUCCCAACGUGCAUGCUAGCACUAGGGUGAAUUCCAGUACGACCCCUAGUCUUAAUCAAAACCCCAACUUCAAUCUUGGUGUCAAUCCCAGUGGUAGUGUAAACCCAGCAGCUACUCUUUGCAGCCUCCCAAAUAGUAACACUAAUGCAACCCCCAGUGUAAGCCCCAGCCAGGUCACUUCUGGUCAGAAUAGUUCUGCCCCUACCGUAAGUACUUCUAACUCUAGCUCUACUUUAAACCCAUCCAGUUCAUCUCUAAAACCAAGCCCUAGUCCCAAACCAGUGACCAGUGUCCACUCAGUCAUUCAGAUCCCUGCUUCAUCUGGCACAAUUUCCCCAAACCAGAUUACUGUGUUUGUCACCUCUAACCCAAUCACAUCGGCAACUACUUCCCAGGUUCCCACAUCCAUGGUGUCCACCGUGGUAGCUGUUCCUAACAAGAACAUUAGACCUCAAGACAUCAGGCAGCAGACCCCUGUGUCCCGACCUCCUCAGUACAUCACUACCACGCCUGUAUUUAUCAACUCAAUUUUUCAGGUCCCUAGUGCAUCUGUGGCUCCCAAUACCACAGUGGUAUCACAGCCAGUCACUGUGGUGGGGCCGAUCCAAGUGUCCACUACAAACCUCCAACUUCCUCCUGCCCAAAGCUCCACCCAGUCCUCAGGGGUCAAUGUGACCAACACCCAGCCUGCCAGAAGUGCUGUUGGACAGGUCAAUAUUACAACCAAUGUUUCCUCAUCAGGGCCACUUGGUUCUCUACCACCUAUGCAGGAGAUUAAUCCAGGAGCUCUCAAAACAGAACAUUUUGGUGAGGCAACUCAGAAGUCUAGUCCCCCAGUCCAACAACCUUCUCCCCAUCCUAGCCCUUCAGCGUCAUCCCCCUUUCAGCCACCCCUGGCUUCUCCUCCACCCUGCUCUAGUCCUGGGACUGUGAACACCACUUGGAAGAGCUCCAUAUCAUCAUCUCCCACUGCCCAGAUGAAAAGCAAAUCUGCACAGGCUGCUACAGCCGAGUCCCAGCUGAGCCCUGUAGAUAGGCCUGUACAGGGGUCCACUGGAGCUGCACCAGCACAGGUCUGUCAUCCUCCUGCUAGUCCUGCCGUUCAGACUGAAUCACAAGUUCCCCGAACUACUGCUGCCCCAAACUUUACUCCACCUGCAGUCUCUACAACCUCUGGCCAGGUUGCUGUUCCUACUCAGAUCGUUACUCCAGUUCCUGCACCCGUAUCAAUCCCAAGCUCAUCUCAGGCGUCUCAGCUGUCUCCCGUCACUGGAGUUGGCACUGCUAUCUCCUCUCCUACUUUGCUUUCUACAGCUGCUCCCCUACAGACUCCUGUACCGUCCGUUGUUCCAAUUGUUGCUGCAGCCGGGCCUGUUCAGGACAAUGCCUCCACCACACCCUCUACAGCACCUAACCCCAGUGGAGCGCCACCAACUCAGCCUGAGAUUCCAGCGAUGGAGUCACCAUUACAGCCAGCUGCAACAACCACUCAAAUCAUGCAUCCUUCCCCAGAUGUCCCACAGUCACAGGAAGUUUCCAGUGAGAAGCCUGGUGAAGAGAUUGCAACAGGGUCAGACCAAGGAUGGGCAAAGAAAAGAAAGGCGCCCAUCAACUUAGUCCCAAGAGCUCCGGUGGAGAAGCCCAAGGGACCGAGCAGACGCAGCUCUCGGGCAGAGAAGGAGGUGGACGAGGAGCCGAUAGCAGAGAGUGGCAUUAGGAAGCGGUCAGUGAGGCCUGGAACCAGCGCUGCUGUAAAAGAAACUGGAGCAAGCCCCACCCAAGCCAAACGAAGGAAGUCUAAAUAGGCGCAACUGUGGCGACCUGUGAACUGUACUGUAAAUGUUUUAGGGUUUUUUCUGCUGUGAAUCGGUUGAUAUUGGUUUCCCUGGCCCGGAUUAUGAAUUUUCAUUGCAGGAGAAAACCAUGUACAGAUUGUUUUAAAAAAAAUAUACGGUAUAUGGUAUCAGUUUGCUCGUGCUAUCAUGGAGAUUGUAGGUAGAACGUGUGCAUACAGUGUUUGUGUGAAUGUGCUUUUUAUAUUAAUGCUGGAUUAAUCAUGUGAAGACUGAUAAUAGAGCUCGUCAUGAUUGUAUAAUUAUGCUGUAAAACUGAAUUAAAUUUUCUACUGCUUUUGAUCUGUGAAACUGUGUAUUAUGGUUCAUGCAUUUUCUUAAUGGCCAAAGAUUUAUUUUCAAAUCUUUUUAAUUCGUCCCAGUUCUGCAUUAAGUACUAUAGAAAAAUUGAACCGGAGUGAAAGAGGUUAAUUUUAGAUAGAAACUAAAAACAGAUGAGGCAGAAAUGCUCAGCUCUUACUGUUGUUUAGGUUUGGUAUAGAGCAAUGUUGUGAACAAGCUGUGUAAAAUAAUAAAUAACAGAACCUUU